GAGUUGCACCAACUUACUUUAACGAUAACAAAACUCGAACCAACGGUCAAAUCUCUGGUUAAGUCAAUAAUGGAUUGCACCAUUUUAACAAUGGUUAAAAUGACGUCAUAUUUAACGAUAACCGUAACCAGUCAAUUUUGGCCGGUUAUCGUUAUUGCUAAGUUAACAAAUGUCAAAAUCUUGUCAAAAUAAUAACCUAGUCCGUUGUUUUCUGUUGUUUUAUCAUAUUUAAGUAUAAAAAAAUUAAAAAUGUCUUUAGUACGUGAUAUUUUAUGGGAAUCUAGUUCUUCUGACGACGAAAAUUAUAAUGAUUUACCUAAUUCUCGAAAGAAAAAAGUGUAUCAACCACGUGUUAAUCGAUUCCUAAAAUGGAAUGAGCAGGAGUUCUUGGAUAGAUUUCGGAUUUCCAAAGGUUUAGCACGAGCCCUGGCUUCUCAUUUAGCACCAUUGCUCCAAACCAGAACCAUGAAAAACUUUGCAGUUACUCCAGAGCAGCAAAUAAUAAUGGCAUUGGAAUUUUACGCAUGUGGUUCUUUUCAACGCUGCAUUGGGGAUGCUGCAGGUGUUCACAAAUCUACUGUUUGUCGAAUAAUUCAUCGAGUGAGCAGAGCUAUAGCCGGACUAAGAACAGACUGGAUUGCAAUGCCUAAAAAUAUUGAGGAAAUGGAAACUGAGGCCAAAAAAUUUUAUGAAAUAUGUGCAUUUCCUAAAGUAAUAGGAACUAUAGACUGCACACAUAUACCAAUCAAAUCGCCAGGUGGUGCAGAUGCAGAAACAUAUAGAAAUAGAAAACAGGUAUUUUCUCUUAAUGUGCAAGUAAUCACAAAUGCUGAGAUGUACAUUACAAAUAUAGUUGCUAGAUGGCCUGGAAGCUGUCACGACAGCCAUAUUUUCAACAGCAGUGUCAUUAAGGGACGCCUAGAAGAUGGAGAAUUUGAUGGUUUUUGGUUACUAGGAGACAAAGGUUAUGCCAAUAAACCAUAUUUGCUAACACCUCUACGUAAUCCUGUUACAGAAGCUGAAAAACUGUACAAUGAAAGUCAUAUUCGUACUAGAAAUAUUGUAGAACGCAGUUUUGGUUGUUGGAAAAAAAGGUUUCCUGCAGUGUCAUGGAAACUCAGAACAAAUACAGCAAGAGCCCAAUGUGCUAUAGUGGCAAUGGCUGUCCUAUAUAAUAUUUGCAAGAAAUUGAGAGACCCGAUGCCAACAUGUUACGACUCUGAUAAUGAAUCAUCAGAUUCUGAUGACAAUGACCUGACCUCUGCAUAUGUUAGCCAGCAUGACGAGCAUAAUAGGAAUAUGCUAAUAAAUACUUAUUUUGAUAGAUUACAUUAAGAUAGACUAUGUUUUAAAUGAAUAAAUAAAAAAACUUCAAAAAUAAAAA